ACAACAGCAGCAGCAGCAACAACAAGCCAUCUCUUGCACAAUUUAAAAAUAUCGACCCUUGGCGAUCAUCAGAUCAAGACUGUCAUGCUAUUCCAAGUCAGCAGUCUAAAUUGACGGAGAAGGAACAAGAGCAAAAUCAUCGCGUUGCAGACGUUCUUGCGGAUCUAGAGAACGGCGCGACCAAUUUCCAGAGCCGGUUUGAAAUUCCCACCGUCGACAUUGAUGCGGCACGUGGUAAUGGAGACGGUGGCCGUGGUGUUGAUACCAGCGAAAAAUCGCCUGUGCUAGACCAUCACAUUCAUGCCGACAGUGGUGUAUUUGACGCCAAGUCUUCUGAAGAGAAAAGUGAGCCGACGAGAAACACCAGCUUCAGUGACAGCGUUGAUAGAAAAGAAUUGGAGAUGGAUCAGCAUGACCACUUGGGUACCUUACUACCGGCUAUGGAAGAUUCCGCCCGUGAAACCAUUGCUGCCCAGAACCAAAUUAAGGUGGCUGUCGACAAUACCACCAUCACGUCCGAAGACCAACACCGUGCUGCACGCAGCCUCGAGUUCGAACAUCCCAUUGAGGAUCCCAUUGAUUUGGAUAUGUUCCGCGACAAUGUUAUAUCUAUUCCUACCAUCGAUCCGAAAAGCAUUCCCAUUAAUUAUCUAACACCAAGGGAACAAGAGGAAGCAGAUGAGCCUGUGAGGGAAGGCAUGCGGAAUCUAUUUGACAACAAGUUUAUGAAAGCAAAGAAUAUAUUCCAGUCGAAGGCCAAUGUUGAGCCUUUAUAUGCUCUGGGAUUAGGCGCGAUGGCAUUCAUUAAAGCAAUGAUGACGUAUCAAGAGAGCGAUGUCGAGGUUGCCAUGUCAGCACUUGCAACAGCAUACACGAUUGCAAAAGCCCAGAUUGACAACACGUCCUUCAAGAAGCCCUUGAAAGAUGCUGUCUCUCAAUAUUUCUCAUCCAUGCUUAGCCGCAACAACACUUCAGGACUCCCAAACAAUCCUGCACCUAUCACACGCUCCAACAGUGCGGGACAACCAAGAGAAAUGCCUAUUUUCAUGCCAAACAGUAUACUGCGAGCUCAUGUUAUUAAGGCUGAAUGCUGUUUGCUGAUGAGCAUUCUCCAACUCUCUCAGGAGAGUAUGGUGAAUUAUCUGAAAUGUGGCCUUAAUUUACGACGAGCUUACAACAGUUAUAGCGUUGUUUGGCAAGAGUACAAGCGGAUGGGCCAAGAGUUUACCAAAUUUAUGGACCGCGAUACAGUUUCGGCAAUUCAGUUUGGCAUCGGCGCUGUCCAUCUUAUACUGUCCUCAAUGCCAGCAAAAAUCCUCAAGAUCUUUUCGACUUUGGGGUGGGAGAGUGAUAAGCAGCUAGGUUUCGCUCUGUUGAAGCUUUGUUUAGAAGGUCGCGGCAUCAGAUCACCACUGGCUUCAUUGACGUUACUAUCGUAUUAUUCUGUUCUUACUACGUUUGCACCACAAAUAUACUCCAAAGAGCUUAUGGGACCGGCGAUAGAGUGUCUUUUGGAUGCACAAAAGAGCCAUCCAAGUUCCUGCUUUUUCCUAUUCUUUGCUGCCCGUAUUGCCCGUGUUGCACGCAAUAUCCCGUUAUCCACGCAAUCAUUCAACUUUGCUGUUGAAUCCAGUCGCGGAGAAUGGGCUGAAACGGCAAUGAAGCAGAUGGCAGACUAUGAAAUCGGCUUUAACCUCGCACUACAGCUGGACUGGGCAGGUGCGGCUGCCUACUUUGAGCAGCUGAGUCGCGAAAAAUACUGGUCUCCGGCAUUUUCUCGAUACUUUGUCGGCGCUUGUCGCGAGAUGCUUGGUGAGCGAACAGAAUGCAUCUUGGCCUUUGCUGAAGUACCUCAACUGGCCAAAGAGCAACAAGGCCGGAAAACAUAUAUCGACGCCCAUGUCCAAAAGAAGGUCGAGUUUUUCCAAAAGAGCGGUUAUCAAGAUAUGGAUUUCAGUCUCCCUGGUCUGGAAAUCUUGCUUGUUUGGAAUGCCUUUGAGCAGAUGGAGCCCGAGGCUUUGGAAAAGUGCCUUGAAUUGGUGCACCGAACUCUGGAGCUGAUAUACGAGCGUGAAAAAUCGGAGUACACCAUCCGUCUGCGGGAACUCGUGCCUAACUCGACGCCACCGGAUUACUACGAUCAGCGUGCUGUGCUCUUGUUGACCAAAGCUUCCUUGCUAAAUGCUCUUGGUCGAUACAACGAAGGCAUUGCGCAUCUCAACUGGGUCAUGGAUCAUAAGGAUAACAUUAAACACGAAACAUGGGCUGUUCCGUUUGCUUAUUGGGAGGCAGGCGUAACAAGUUGGGGAUUGGGUAAUAUUAAAAAGAGCCGCAAGCUGUGGCAAAUGGCACUUUCAUGCAACAAGUACGAUUUCGAAUAUCGAAUGGCCGUCCGGCUGAGCCUGGCCCUCGCGAGAUGCGACGAAAUUGGCAUACCCUACGUCGAACCACAACAAAAACAGGGCCAGACUACAAAUGGUCGCAAACGUAUGCCCAUCACUGAUUCGUAGAAAAAGGACUGGUCCCUUUCUUCCUAAUAUUUUGAUAAUUUUUGUGCUCAUGUACCAUAUCAUCUAUCUUACUUAUAUCUCCUCCACUACCAUAUAAUACCUUCUUGCCUAUUUUUUUUAAAACUAACUGACAUAUACCAUCCCAUUAAGAAUACAUGUGGUUUUAAAUAUGUUUCGGGGCUAUCUGUGUGAUCGUUAUAACUCAUCAAUUGAAAUACUACAUUCUGGUUAGUGUUUUUGUAUGACAAGGCAAGGGGUGCUGCAAAGCGGAACUAAUAUGCAGAAUCCGAUACACUCUUUUCCGAAAUCAGAGUCGUGUGCCGCCGGAAAGGAAGUAGGUAUGGGGUAAGAAGUUAUUUGGCUUGCGUUCCAAGUGCGUUCCUCCACUAGCUGAUUUUUUGGCUUGCGUUCCAACUGCGUUCUUUCACACUAAUUUUUUUUGGCUUGCGUUCCAACUGCGUUCCUUCACACUAA